AGCUUACAUCUGGAAAGGGUCACCCGUUAAACCGUAACAUCGGGACCUCAAAACUCACAAAUCAAGCACCGUCUGUUCUAUUUUGUUUGUGUGGGGGAAGGACAACGGUCCACACUGGCGGUUUUUGUUGGCCAGUUAUAUGCUGCAGUAUAAAGAGCAACAUUGAAAGUGAAAGGAUUAAUAAAUCUGAGACGGGACAGAAAGCUGCAGGAACAGGUGACACUAAACAGCAGCUUACUACAAAAGACGAGAAGGAGAAAGAGGGAAAAUGAGCCAGCUCAAAGCCAUUCCUGGAAAAUACUACUAUGUAAUUGAGUCGGGCAGUACUGACAACUUACCCACGCAUAUUUUAAGUCAUCUCCAGCAGCAAAGACCUAACCUGGUUCAGGUAUACAGUGUGGACCAGUGUGAUGUGAUCUUGGUUUUAUGCCCCAUUAUUUCACGGGCAGGAACUGACAUUGAUGCUGCUCUGAAAAAACUUAAUGACUUGUCAGCAUUCAAGCCAGCUAUUUUCAUAGUCCUGCAUCAAACGUUUGACCCUGAGAGAGUUGUACUAGACAGCAGCACAUUUGUAAAGAGGAUGAACACGCUUACAGUGGACUGCCUUUUCUUUGACACAAGGUUGUUACGAUGCAACAUAAAUGAUGAAGCACUGGACAAAAUUGUUACAUGUUUCAAGCAUCAGACAAUCGCCAACUUGCCAAUCAUUGGAACCUUUUUGAUCAGGUUACUCAGUUUUUUAUCAAAGACAAUCGCCAACUUGCCAAUCAUUGGAACCUUUUUGAUCAGGUUACUCAGUUUUUUAUCAAAGACAAUCGCCAACUUGUCAAUCAUUGGAACCUUUUUGAUCAGGUUACUCAGUUUUUUAUCAAAGACAAUCGCCAACUUGCCAAUCAUUGGAACCUUUUUGAUCAGGUUACUCAGUUUUUUAUCAAAGACAAUCCUCAACUUGCCAUUCAUUGGACCUUGCUGGAACAGGUUAUCCAGUUUUAUAUCACAGACAUUCAUUGGAGAUCUCUGGAACCAGUUACCCAGUAUUAUGUCACAGAACAAAAAAAGGCAAGACAGUGAUGAGGAAAGAUCUGCUUAAAAGCAACAACAAAGAUGUCUCAAAGAUGGUCAAGGAUGUAGAUGACAGUGACAUGGACUAUGUCAAAAAAUACUUAACAAAUCAUUAACUUUGGUAGAUUAACAGUACAAAGUACAAUACACAUAUAUUGAGACUUUAGAUCAGGGGUCAUCAAUCCUGGUCCUGGAGGGCCGGUGUCCCUGCAGGGUUUACCUCCAUCUUGCCUCAACACACCUGCCUGGAUGUCUCAAGUAUACCUAGUAAGACCUUGAUUAACUUGUUCAGGUGUGUUUGAUUAGGGUUGGAGUUCAAAUCUGCAGGACACCGGCCCUCCAGAAAAAAGUUUGGUGACCACUGCUUUAGAUGUUCAGCGUGACAAUGUAAUUAAAAUCCAUUAAAUAAAGUGAUUCUCAACUGUU